CCUAGAGCUGAGUAGCGGAUCACCGCGGGCCUCAAGCCAGCAGGACGCGCUGCAGCUACGAAGAUGGCCGAUCCUUGGCAGGAAUGCAUGGAUUAUGCUAUAACCCUAGCAAGACAAGCUGGAGAGGUGGUCCGUGAAGCUCUAAAAAAUGAAAAGAACGUUAUGCUGAAAAGCUCUCCUGUUGAUUUGGUGACCGCAACUGACCAAAAAAUUGAAAAAAUGCUCAUCUCUUCCAUAAAGGAAAAGUUUCCAUCUCACAGUUUCAUUGGUGAGGAGUCUGUGGCAGCUGGGGAAAAAAGCAUCUUAACUGACAACCCCACGUGGAUCAUUGACCCUAUUGAUGGAACAACUAACUUUGUACAUAGAUUUCCUUUUGUAGCUGUUUCGAUUGGCUUUACUGUGAAUAAAAAGGUGGAAUUUGGAGUUGUGUACAGCUGUGUGGAAGAUAAGAUGUACACUGCCAAGAAAGGAAAAGGUGCCUUUUGCAAUGGUCAAAAACUACAGGUUUCAGAGCAGGAAGAUAUUACCAAAUCACUCCUGGUGACUGAGUUGGGCUCUACCAGAACACCAGAUAUUGUGAAAACAACUGUUUCUAAUAUGGAAAAGCUUUUUUGCAUUCCUGUUCAUGGGAUCCGUGGUGUUGGAACAGCAGCUCUUAACAUGUGCCUUGUGGCAACUGGAGGAGCAGAUGCGUAUUUUGAAAUGGGAAUCCACUGCUGGGAUAUCGCAGGAGCUGCCAUUAUCGUUACUGAAGCUGGUGGAGUGCUACUGGACGUUACAGGUGGACCAUUUGACUUGAUGUCACGAAGAGUAGUUGCUGCAAAUAAUAGAACACUAGCAGAAAAGAUAAUCAAAGAAAUUGAGGUAGUACCUUUUCAACGAGAUGAUGAAGAAUGAUUACAAUAGCCUCAUAUUCAGUCACAGUUACUUUUCCCCAGAUUUGCUGACUCACUGAUGGAUAUCUGUUUCAGAUACUUGGUUUGAAUUGUCUUUGUUCAGAUUAAAAAAAUUGGAACUUGGUCUGUAUUUUACUGACUGUGCUUGCAGAAUACAUAAUGUUUCUUUCAUUGUUUUAAAAAAGGGUACAUGUAAGAAUAUACUUUAGAAAAAACACACAGGAAGUAUAGUUCAUGAGAUAAGGACCACAUCAAUGAAAUAGUUAAUUAUUAAUUUUGCAUUUCUGAGUAUCUAAGGUCCUCUGAAAUUUUUACUCACUGCAUAUAAAUACAUAAACACUCAGAGAGUUACCUUUAAGGAAAAUUUUCAUUAGUUUCAAAAGCCGUAUUUAAAUAAAUUUGUAAGGAUAUAAAGAGUACUUUCCUGACCAAGUUUUAUUUCUUUGCAGAGAAACUUUUUCGCUUAUUCAUCAAUGUCCGGUUAGCACUUAGUACAGUGCUUGUCGAAAGGAGGCAAUCCACAAACAAACAUUAUAAGAAUGAAUAAUUUGCAGGGAACAAUUCCUAGUUAUAAUAGAUACAUAAGUAAAAGCCCACCAUGCUGUUUUUUUGCUUCGGGUGUUGAAGUAAAAAUCACCUAGUUCUCUUUUUUAUAUUUCACAUUACCAUACCAUUUCCUAUUACCAUGCUGCAAGAGAGCAUUGCUUAUGGAGGGCAUUUCAGCAGUGAAUACAUUUUCAAAAGCACUUUGUUACAGUAUCUAUUUGGAUUUGCUUUGAAGUCCUUGUGUAAGAAGAGAGGAGAAACUGUUUCCCAAACCAUACUUCUUCCAUAUCUGAAUUAAUUAGAUACAGUAACAUUUUAGUAAAUCCAAUAUUAGUAUUUUAAAGAUAUUUACACAGAUUUGAUCAUGCUGGCAACUAUGCUGUGUUGUUAAUAUUAACUAUUUGAUUUCUUCCCAAACUCCUUAUUUAAUUUUAUUGCUGCUGCAUUCUAUUUAGCUUUUAAAUAUUCCCUUCUAGUCUUUGGCCUAUCCAACUCAAAAGAAUUUUAAUGGCUCAUAGGAAUUUUUAAAGGAUUAAUUUAUUGUUUAGUUCACGGCACAUGGACUGACUACUAAGUGUUACUAUAGGUUUCUAUGAGCCUUGUAUUUGACAAAAUGAAAAGUACUUCUUUAAAGUUUUCAGGGUAUGGGCUUAUUUUAUUUUGUGUAAGUGUAAUUAAGUAUAUACUAAGAUUUGAGUACUAUAAUUACUAUAUUUGUACUGUAGAUCACAUGCACUUAAAACAUCUGACACUGUUUUAUUAUGAGAUGAGUUGUUUUGCAAUUAAAUUUAUUUUAAUUAAGAAGAG